AUCAUCAACAAAAAAAAGAUUAAUUCGUCAAUUAAUUAAAUGUCACCAAGCCAAAAGAGCACGGAUGUCCAAUGUGGGGAACUCGACAGACUCCGCAACGGCGUGUUAGGACUAGACGAUCUGAAAUCACUCAGUAAGAGAUCCAAGCAUAGCUAUGGUCAAAUCCCAGUCAAGGAUCUGCGUAAAUUCAAGAACAACAAGGGUUUAAUUAAGGAUACAGAGGAAUUUUUAGUCCUCUACAAGUUCCAUGGACCACCUUCAGAUGAUUUUGAGGUCUUCUCCCUCGACGAUUUCAAUAAAGUGCCAUAUGUACGCGGCAAGGAUAUACCAGCAGACCAAUGUGCACUUGCAUACCUCCCUAUCAAGGUUAUUCUACCAGCUGGUGUCACUCCUACGCGUGAAAUCAUUACAUUUUUCCAGGAGAACGAGUACAUCCAGCUCUUGCAAGCACAUUUGGCUUAUCAUUGCAUACUCUACUUUGAAACCACAAAGGUUGGCUGGUGUAGAGCUGGUGACUGGUUCUGCAACAUCUGUAAAAUGAUGAGCUGGGCAAAAAGGACAUACUGUCACCAUACAAAUUUACACAAGGAUGACACCCCAAUGGUGUUCGUGAAGAAGGAUAUUGCGAUUUGUAUGCCAGAGGUUGAGACCGGCCUUGCUAUGGGUAACCGCGUCUUCGCGCUCUCUGGAUCUUACUUAGGAAUGGAGGCAAGGCAGGGGCCAAGAACAAGAAACAAAGUCAACGCAAUUCGCGCCAUGGUGGCGGCUCUAGUCGUAGCUCUGAUAGUAGCACUUCAACCGCUCCAGCUAUUGUCAGCCCUCCAGAAGUUACACAGCCGCAACCACAGAAACCUCAAUUGAGUAUCACAACUUUUAUGAGCCAAUCACCAUCGCUCAACAGUAUCAGCAACUCAACUAGCAAACCAAGCACUACAUUCGAAAGAGCAUCAAAUGUAGGCGUCAUAGGCACGAGACCACGACAAAAAUCGGAUCCUGCCAGCAACAUAUUUAAUACUCCGCAAGUUUAUAAACAAUCAGUUGUAAAGGCCACACCCUUGAAACAUAGUGCAAACCUUCCAAACAGGUCACCAGCAUUCAACUAUGCUAGUGUCGCACAUUAC